CUUUCGCUGCCUGAUCGUUGUCACCAUGGAUCGCACACUCCUGGGAAGGGCCUGUUCCAGGCGGCUCUGCCUUACCGCCGCAGUGUGCCCACAUGGCUGACGCUCACCUCGGACAACGGGAAGGAGCAGAUCUACGAGCUGGCCAAGAAGGGCCUGACGCCCUCCCAGAUCGGCGUGAUCCUGAGGGAUUCUCAUGGCAUGGCACAAGUAUGCUUUGUAACUGGCAACAAAAUUCUGAGAAUUCUAAAGUCCCAGGGACCUGCCCUUGCUCUUCCUGAAGAUCUUUUAUCAUUGAUCAAGAAAGCUUUUGCUGCUCGAAAGCAUCUUGAGAGAAACAGAAAGCACAAGGAUUCUAAAUUCCAUCUGAUUCUGAACGAGAGCCGAAUUCACCGGCUGGCCAAGAGAGUACUCCCUCCCAAUUGGAAAUAUGAAUCAUCCACAGCCUCUGCUCUGGUUGCAUAAAUUUUGGUUUAUGUACUAAAAUAAUAA